AACUGUCAAUCAACAAACAUAUCGAUGGGAUGAACUCUCGAAACCAACAGCGUUAAAUAAAUCGAUACAACUUCGACGUAUUCGACAAAUUCAUAACUAUAAUAAUAAUAAUAUUGCUGUACAGUUGACUAAGAGUUCUCCAAAUCAAAUCAAUGACAACUCUGAAGUUGACAAGAUGACCUUGAAAGUUGAUCGUCCGAAUUACAAGAACAAGUAUUUUGUUUAA